CCUCUGCAAGGAUGCCCGAGCCUCGUCACUAUGAGCCACCAAGCGCGGAGACCUUCGACGAUUCAGGUCAUCGUCAGCAUGCUGACAAUGGGAAGGUGGCAGUGAGGAAAGAUGAUCAAUUCUCCGAGGUGCUAUUUUGAGGACGAAUUUCCAGCUUCUGUGAACUCGGGCACUUGUUGAGAGGCGGUGAGACUGACCGAAGUAGCGAUCGUCACCCGUCGACCACAAUGUUGCGGAGAUCUGCGAGAUCACUUGGGUCGAAUCGUCGACUCUGGGAGGUGGUUGGUGCUAGGGGCUUUACGUCGAGCUGCAGUGGAACGGAUUAUGUUCCAUCCAGACAUUGUCCCUCCCCGGGCGGAGUCGACAACAUCGCUGGCCGGGUACCCCCCUGUCCAGUAUCUGUUCCAGGACUUGAACCCUGUAGCGCGCAGUCCAACAAGCUCAUACUUGAUGAGUUCAAAUUUGGCAGAGGCGUUGGUGCCCGGAAUUUGAGAUCCCUCUUCGUCGAUCAGGAAUCAAAGAGUCAUGUUCAAUCCACAGCCGUAGGAGAUAACCACAAACUUUCGCGGAGAAUACCCCUCGUAGCUAGUAACAAUUUAGAAUUGCGGACAUAUCCACAUCUCUGUGUGGGAGGUUCACUUGCGAACACUAGGUCUGUCUGUUAUCCAGCAGAUCAGCGUCGACUGUCGACGUCCAAGGCGGGUGGUGGUGGAGACGACAAAUCUGCAGCUGAAGGUGGAGCCGAGAAAACUCCUCCCCGUAGCAUUGAGGACUUCCAGCAUGAGGAAAUAGUCGGACCCACAGUGGAGAGAGAUCUAUCAGAUACAGCAGAUCAAGUGAGAGAUUCAUUGAAUUCUCUCAGGGAUCAUAUGGCCAGCUUCAGCACGGGGUUUCUGAUAUUGGGCACGGUGCAGCUGGUCGCUGCACUUUGGAGUGCUUUCAUCAAAACGGAUCCUUCAUCUAUUGGACUCUGGCGGGAUAUGCCGUAUAUUUUACUGUCCUUCACCUUCGCGUACCUUCUUUGGAACGCACGAUCUGCCAACGAUUUUUUUACCAAAAUUGAAGGAAGAAGUAGAAUUAGAAUCCUUACACUCUCGCUGCAGGUGAUCAAAGGCAUUUCUCAGUUCUUUUACAGGUCAGGAGUUAUGGUUAAGUUUGUAGCUUUCACAUCUCUUUUGGCCCUUAUGAAAGAGGCCCUUCCUCUAACUUAACUACAUCUACCUACUCCUUCAAUUGAUUGUAUGUCCGACAUCAUUCAACUCUCUGUUGCACUAUAUUGAGGCAGCGUUUGUUGCAGUCACCAGAGAGUUCAUACAACUGGAUUUCGUCCACGCACGUAUAUGAACGAAGGCAAUGAGUAGUUGUGUGUACAUAAUUGAGCGGCAAGUGAGCGCUCCUGGAGGUGGUUGAUAGUAGUGUUUCGUGUAUCAUGACCGAUGUAAACACGGACAGCACUUGUGCCAUAUUCUUAACCAGAGAGGGUUGAA